UUUGUAGUGUUUUGUCUUGUUGCUUUGUUUAUGAGGAAUAAUUUUCCUCUGUAUUUAAAGCCUUAUCUGAAUGGUUUAAGUAAGCUGUGAUACAUCUCUUUCAAUCUUCUUUCACUCUCAAAAAACUUUCACUCGUUACUGGAGUGCUUUCUGGCUAAAAGGGAUCUGUCUGUCGAGAAGACGAAGCUGUGUGAUCAUUUUGGGUCGAAUGCGUCAAUGGCAGCAACAGCUGAGAGGAAGGUGGAGGUGUUUGAUACGGAGGAGGAGGUGGCUGUGUCUCUGGCCAAGUACAUAGCCGAUCUGUCUGAUAAGUUCUGCAAAGAGAGAGGGGCUUUUACCAUCGUUUUGUCUGGUGGGUCUCUCAUCGAGUCCCUCAGGAAACUAGUAGAACCCCAGUACAUCGAUUCGGUUGAAUGGUCGAAGUGGCAUAUCUUUUGGUUAGAUGAAAGAGUAGUGCCAAAGGAUCACAAAGACAGUAACUAUAAACUUGCUUAUGAUGGGCUUCUUUCUAAGGUACCAAUUCUCCCUGAUAAUGUUUAUGCCAUCAAUGAUGCACUGUCAGCUGAGGGUGCAGCCGAUGAUUAUGAGACCCGUCUCAAACAUUUGGUUAACUGCGGUGUGCUAGCUUUAUCAGCAGCUAGUGGGUUUCCAAAGUUUGAUCUCAUGCUUUUGGGAAUGGGUCCGGAUGGACAUGUGGCUUCUCUAUUUCCAGGGCACCCUCUCCUCAAAGAAAACGAGAGAUGGGUCACCUUCAUUAAGGACUCGCCAAAACCGCCUCCGGAGAGAAUUACUUUUACUUUUCCAGUGAUCAACUCGUCUGCAUAUAUUGCCCUUGUGGUGACUGGUGCCCCUCAAGCUGGAGCCGUGCAGAGAGCUUUAGGAAAUGGACAAAAUUCUGAUAAGCUGCCUGUUCAAAUGGUUUCACCUGAAGGAGAGUUGACUUGGUUUUUGGACAAGGAUGCAGCUUCAAAGCUGUAGGAGUUGGAAUAUCUUUAGCUUUGUGAGUGAUCUAUGUAGUAAAUUAGCAUGUUGAUCAUGUACUGUGGUUUGAUCGGAGAUCAUAUAGGGGUUCUGCUGGACUUUGUGAUCUCUGUAGUAUGUAACAACUAGUGAGCUUUUCCAUCUUUUCUGAUGGCAAUAAAGGAAGCGUCGCUGUUUGUUCA